AUGCACAUUUUUCAGCUCUGGAUCUUCAUUCGCACAGAAUCCUACUCGUCCUCUUUACCUUUUGCUUACAAAACCCUCACUUGCACAAUCUUCACAUCUUCAUCAAUCAAGCUCUGCACCACACAAUCCUCACUUCUUCAUCAAUCAAGCUCGGUACUGCACCAUCCUCACAUCUUCAUCAAUCAAGCUUUGCACUACACAAUCUUCACAUCUUCAUCAAUCAAGCUUUUCACUCUUCAUCAUCUUCACCUUCAUCAAUCAAAAUUUCAUUCUGCAAUUUUGCAUCACAACAAGAACACACAAUAA